AUUGAUAUGAUUAUUUAUAAAAUGAUAUAUCAAAGGAAUAAUGUGCACACGCGAUAACAUGUAUUUUAACCUCAAACAAGGAGCAUCGCAUGUCAACAUGUCUUUAGGGUCCCGUCUUCAUAAAUCGUGAGAGGCUGUACAGGAAUAAGAAACCACCAUUCAAGAAACUGUGACGACUUUUUUUCUUCUUCUUCUUUUCUUUUUUCUUUUUUUUUAAAUCGACGACCCCUUUUCACUUCUCAUUCUGUUUUCCUGUGCAAUUUUCAGCUUGUUUUUAAGGUGAGUGGAUCAGUUCUCGGCAGGAGCGGUGCUUAGACAGCGGACAGAUUAUUAUUGUUGAGUGUCCAUGCGAGACUUUCAGUCAAAACAUGUCAGGCCAUUUCUCUGUGAGGAUCACUGCUGUCAGAGAUGGCAUUUUGGUCCCCUACUUCAUUUUUUACCUCUAAAGUGCCUCGGAAGAUAUUGUUCAUGUUCACCCUCUCUCUUACUGUUACUUACCUGUUUUAUUGCUUGAUGAGCUGUUAUAACACGCUGCAGUUUCCCUUUCAAGAAAGCUACGUGUACCAAGCCGGCCAGGUGACCGAAGAGACAACUUUCAUCACAUUAAGAGAGAAACUUUACUCCACCACCUCCCAGGGAUACUUCGCAGAGGAUCCAGUGCAGAAGACCGUCACUGAUCCUACGGCCGGAGAUGACAAGGUCUCCACCGUCAACCAUGCUGUUAACAUGGAAAUCGGAGAAAGGACGACGGAGUGGGACAGCAGUCAGGCUGUUCCGACCAGGACUGCGGCAGGGGGUCAGGGUGCAGCCUUGGAAUCCAGCACCACCGACGACGAUCUGAGCCGACGGGUCAACUGCACCUCGGAUUACGGCCAGAAGAAGCUGCCCCAAGCGAUCAUAAUAGGGGUUAAGAAAGGAGGUACCAGGGCAUUGCUGGAGGCUUUAAGGGUCCAUCCCGACGUCAGGGCGGUGGGAAACGAGCCUCAUUUUUUUGACAGGAACUACGAGAAGGGACUCGAUUGGUACAGGGACCUGAUGCCCUCCACACUGGAGGGUCAGAUCACCAUGGAGAAAACGCCUAGCUAUUUUGUCACCAACAACGCCCCCAAGCGCAUCCAUGCCAUGGCUAGAGACAUCAAGCUGAUCAUCGUCGUUCGCAACCCGGUGACCAGGGCCAUCUCGGACUACACCCAGACUCUGUCCAAAAAGCCAGAGAUCCCAACCUUCGAGGUUCUGGCCUUUAAGAACCGGACCCUGGGGCUGAUCGAUGCCUCGUGGAGCGCCCUGCGCAUAGGCAUCUAUGCCCUACACCUGGAGAGCUGGCUGCAGUACUUUCCACUCUCGCAGAUGCACUUUGUCAGCGGUGAGCAGCUCAUCGUUGACCCAGCGGGAGAGAUGGCCAAAGUUCAGGAUUUCCUGGGGCUCAAACGCAUCGUCACGGAUAAGCACUUCUACUUCAACAAAACCAAGGGCUUUCCGUGUCUGAAAAAGCCAGAAGACAGCAGCACCCCCAGGUGUCUGGGUAAAUCCAAGGGCAGGACUCAUCCCAAAAUAGACCCUGAUGUAAUACGACGGUUGCACAAAUUUUACAAGCCCUAUAAUAUGAUGUUUUACCAAAUGACGGGACAGAACUUUCAGUGGGAGCAGAUGGAGACCCAGUGAGAGGACACUUCUCUCCAGCUAAGAGGCUCCUCUGCAGGCGGACGCACCAGCUGUCUCUCGUUAAAUGAUGUGAGAGUGUCUUAUGUCAGACCUCAUAGCUUUCAUUGCGACUCAACCAAUGACAUUACUGAUCUCAUCUGACCCAAUGCUGUAGGUGUUUGUGCAAUCAUGAUGUACAUACUAUACACAAAAUAUAUUUUUCAUUUGUAAACUGGACAUGAUUUUGCUUCUCUCUCUUUUUUUAAAUAAAGAGUUGAUAUAUAAAUUAAGGCAAACAGCCUGCAACAGUGCAUGCAAAUAAUUAAGUGUCCUUAAUAAUGUAUGUGAUUUGCUACUG